AUGACAUUUAUUGUUCGACUGUAUUUUAUUAUUUCACCCAGUCUUGAAUCACCUGUGAUGCUACCUGUACUGUUUUGUGUGGUUAGCGUUUUAUAUUGUAACCGUGACGAUGAUAGAAGAACAAUUUGCUCAAAUGAAAAUGGCGGCGCAUUGUCUGAACAACUGGACUAUCACCAUUUAAACGUAGGGAUAAAAUAUCAGAAACGCGAUCAAUCUGAAGUUUGUGUGGAAGAACAACACAUUACAUUAUUUAAUGAGUUGAGAACUCUUGCUCAGUUAAAUAGUCGCCAGAACACUGAUGUGAAAAAAAAAUUAGACUCAAUAGCGCAUUUAGUGCAUUUCUUUUGUUCCAACCUGGAUAAAAACUUAGGAAAAAGUGUCAAUGAGGGGAGUAAUUCUGGUGUAAGCGAACAACAGACCUGUAUAUUUAAGAUGAAUGCGGCCAGUCUAUUUGUGAUCGACAAAGAAGCUGAGAACAUGAACAAAGAACUAUUGGAACGUGUAAAGCUCACUUUAUUCGGGUAUCUGAUGAAAUUAAUUAUCCCCUUUGGUGGAACUUUCAUUGCAGGAAAAGAGGAAGUUGAGAUACACGGGACAUAUUUUUUGCUUAUUGGUGUGCAAAAGGAGCUUCAAAUUGUGAUCCGUAAGUUGAUUAGUUCAUCCUGUGAACCUAGAACUGAUCAGAAUUACCUUAAAAUUCCUACAAAUGAGCUUGAUUGUAAUACAAAUUCGAAAAAUAGUCUUCUAGCACAACCUUACAAUAAUUUAACAAGGACGAAGCACCAAACAUACCCGUUUAUCCUGAACAAUCAAGAAGGUGAAUUGGCCAAAGUAACUACGAACUGCAACGGGCCGAGUAACCUGAUUUUCAUUUUUGAUCCUCAAAAACCGACAAUUUACAUUUGUGCUAGUGAGAUGAUUUUGAUUAUUGAUGCAAAAAACUUAGACGAUGAUCGGUUAGUGCUUUUAAAGUCAUCGGUUAAAAAUUUAUUCAGCCAGUCAAUACCAAUGUGUGAUAAAGAUCGUCUGAAUAUUGUUGAUAUAUUAUUGAGGAUGCCACUAAAUGAGCUUGAAAAUGCAGAGGCAGAUACAGAAUCGUGCUGUCAGAUCGAAGAUCGAGGUGCCGCGAAAGAGCUAGAAGAAUGGGAAGAAUUUGAAGAGUUUUCGUCUUAUACGGCUGAGAAUCCCCAACAUGGUGAUGAUAAAGGAGGUUAUACCACUACCCCGACCGGUUUGGAUGAUAACGCUUGCUAUAACAAAUUAUUCGGGCAAACAUAUAUACUGAGAGAUGACUUUGUACCAAAAGAACGAGGAAUUUCGAAAGCAAACCAUACAAGAAAGACGAAUGCUAUGAACUCUUACGGUAAUUUCUUGGGUCAUAGUACUCCAAUGAUGCGCACAUGA